CCACCACCACCACCACCACCACCACUUCCUCCUCCUCCUCCUCCUGCUCUCUCUCCUGACUCGCUGAGGCCAGCAUGCAACCCACCCUCCGCUAAAGGAAUAAUGCACUAGAAUGUCAGCGUUGAAAAAGAUUUUGCCUGGCAUUCUGCAGAAGCAUUGCUGCAUUUUACCAGACAGGAAUACAGAAUCACAGUGUACCCUCUGUGGCGAGCCUGAAGAGGAAGACGGUGGUGACCUCCUCAAGACCGGGAUCAGUUUUCCAGGGACGCCAGAGGAAGAGCUAGACCAGCCGUACUCAUGGUCUCCUACCCAGCAGCCCUUCGAUGAGGAAAGCUACUCUCCUGUUUCAAGGAACAUGAAAGGAUUAUCUGGCAGUCGUAAUCAACCACAGCUAUGUUCCGCUCAUACAUGUGGUUUAGCAUCCCCUGAAGAUUGUGAACACACCCAUGAUCAUAUCCACCAUGGCCAGGAAUCAAGGCAGUCAUAUCUUCUCAGCCCAACGGAGAGCUGUCCGAUGGACCACCAUCGCUGCUCACCGCGAAGCUCCAUCCAUUCAGAAUGCAUGAUGAUGCCCAUGGUUAUGGGCGAUCAUAUGUCCAGUAGCACUUUCCCCAGAAUGCACUACACCUCACAUUACGAUACUCGGGACGAUUGCACCAUGUCUCACACUAACACAAAGAUUAACCGGAUUCCUGCGAAUCUGCUGGAUCAGUUUGAGAAACAACUUCCUCUCCACAGGGAUGGCUUUCAUACAUUACAAUACCAGAGGACCUCAACGGCCGCUGAACAGCGCAGCGAAAGCCCAGGGAGAAUCCGUCACCUUGUCCAUUCAGUCCAAAAACUUUUCACAAAAUCUCAUUCGCUGGAAGGUUCUUCCAAGAGUAACGUCAACGGGACAAAAGGAGAGGGCAGAGGGGAUGAUCAUCAUCACGGACAUCAUUCCAAACAUGGCAAAAGAAGUAAAAGCAAAGAACGGAAACCUGAGAGUAAGCAUAAAACUGGAAUGAGCAGUUGGUGGAGUUCUGAUGAUAAUUUGGACAGUGACAGCACUUACCGAACACCUAGUGUUGUCAACAGGCAUCACGUAGACCAUAUCUCUCACUGCUACCCUGAAGCUCUCCAGGGACACUUUGGGGACCUCUCACUAAAGACUUCAAAAAGUAACAAUGAUGUGAAAUGUUCAGCUUGUGAAGGGCUCGCCAUGGCCCCCGAUGGCAAAUACAUGAAAAGGAGUUCUUGGUCUACACUCACCGUCAGCCAGGCUAAAGAAGCUUACCGCAAGUCAUCUCUAAACCUAGAUAAGCCUCUUGUUCAUCAGGAAAUCAAACCUUCCCUGAGGCCAUGCCAUUACCUUCAGGUGCCUCAAGAUGAAUGGGGAGGAUACCCUGCUGGUGGUAAAGAUGAGGAGAUUCCCUGCAGAAGGAUGAGGAGUGGGAGUUACAUUAAAGCCAUGGGAGAUGAGGAAAGUGGAGAUUCUGACAGCAGUCCCAAAACAUCACCAAAGGUGGCCGUCCAUCCGGAAUCCUUGCUAAAAUCUAUUGGACAAAGAGCGCUUGGAGACCACCAAAAUCAGAGCUACCUGCAAGCUGCAAGCGAUGUGCCUGGUGGUCACAAUUUGGAUCCAGCGGCAAACUACAAUUCCCCCAAGUUCCGAUCACGGAACCAGAGCUAUAUGAGAGCAGUGAGCACGCUCAGUCAGGCCAGCUGCAUUAGCCAGAUGAGUGAAGCAGAGGUCAAUGGGCAAUUUGAAUCUGUUUGUGAAUCAGUGUUUAGUGAAGUUGAAGCUCAGGCCAUGGAUGCCCUCGAUCUUCCGGGUUGCUUCCGAACCAGAAGUCACAGUUACUUGCGUGCCAUUCAGGCGGGUUACUCUCAAGACGAUGAAUGUAUUCCUGCAAUGGCAUCUUCCAAUAUCACCUCAACAAUCAGGUCAACAACAGCUGUAACUUAUACAAGUUACAAGAAAACGCCGCCGCCUGUACCCCCUCGCACCACCUCUAAGCCACUAAUCUCAGUUACAGCACAGAGCAGCACAGAAUCAACCCAGGAUGCCUAUCAUGAUAGCAGGACUCAGAGGAUUUCCCCGUGGCCUCAGGAUGGUCGAGGGAUGUAUAACUCUACAGACAGUUUGGAUAGUAAUAAGGCCAUGAACCUCGCCAUGGAAACCGCAGCUGCACAGCGCCACAUGUCGGAGAGCCAGAGCACCUCAGUCCGAACCAGCGACAAGGCGAUCCUUGUGACAAAAGCUGAGGAGUUCCUUAAGAGUCGGCGUUCAUCGAUAGGGAUUCAGGUGGAAACAGCAACAGACUCGGAUACUGAGAGCAAAGGGCUACGGGAAUAUCAUUCGGUUGGAGUGCAAGUGGAGAACGACAAAAGACAUGGACGGUUUAAACGCUCCAAUAGUGUAACAGCAGCAGUUCAAGCUGACUUAGAACUUGAAGGCUUUCCAGGACACAUAACAAUGGAGGAUAAGGGACUUCAGUUUGGUGGCUCUUUCCAACGGCAUUCAGAACCUAGCACCCCUACUCAAUACGGUGCAGUAAGGACUGUACGGACACAGGGCCUGUUCAGUUACAGAGAAGAUUAUAGGACCCAAGUAGAUACCUCCAAUCUCCCACCACCUGAACCCUGGUUGGAACCAGCCAUUGAGACAGUUGAAACAGGACGAAUGUCUCCUUGUCGACGAGAUGGGUCUUGGUUUAUGAAGUUACUACAUACUGAGACUAAGAGGAUGGAAGGAUGGUGUAAAGAAAUGGAAAGAGAAGCAGAAGAAAAUGAUCUCUCUGAAGAAAUUCUAGGUAAGAUCCGGAGUGCAGUCGGAAGUGCCCAGCUGCUUAUGUCUCAAAAGUUCCAGCAAUUCUAUUGGCUAUGUCAGCAGAAUCUGGAUCCCAGCGCUAUGCCACGGCCCACUUCACAGGAUCUAGCAGGGUUCUGGGACUUGUUACAGCUUUCGAUUGAAGAUGUCAGUAUGAAGUUCGAUGAACUGCACCAGCUGAAACUGAAUGAAUGGAAAAUAAUAGAAUCACCUGAAAGGAAGGAAGAAAGAAAGGUGCCUCCUCCUGUACCAAAGAAGCCCCCAAAAGGAAAAUUCCCUAUUACGCGAGAGAAGUCUCUAGACCUCCCUGACAGACAACGUCAAGAAGCUCGAAGGCGGCUAAUGGCUGCGAAGAGGGCAGCCUCGUUUCGGCAGAAUUCAGCCACAGAGCGUGCAGACAGCAUAGAGAUCUAUAUCCCGGAGGCUCAAACAAGGCUUUAAAGACCAGUAUUGCUGCAUAAUUUCUUUGUCUUUUUUUUUAAAACAAACCAACAAAGCAACAGCAAAAUGCUUGUACAGUUUGUUUCCUCUCUGCUAUUUUCUUUCCUCACACUUCCUCCCACUGAACAGCCCUGGGUGUUGUGUCCUUUGUGCCAUAUGCACAGUGGAAUGCUUUCAGAUUUCCUCAGAAUUUGCUGAGCCCACCGCAAGAACGACUGUUCGGCUCUUUUUUGUAUUUAUUACCAGACUCAACAAUCAUCUCGAUUGGAUAGGGCUUGUCAAGGGGACCUGACUUAUCCAAUGUGUUCUCAGAGGACAACAAGAAACACCUCUUGAGAUGGAACCCAGCUUACUUUUUUGGUUAUUUAUAUUUUUAUAAAUGAUGUGAUAUCUAGGGUAAGAAUUAACAAACUUUCCAAUGGGUGCAUCUCACCGUUCACCAGAGGCAUUAGCUAAUCCAAGUAGAAGGUGCUACAAAUGUAAAGUGCAAGAAAGAAAGACCCCCUUUUCUCUCCCCUCCCCCCUAACCCUAGUUUCCUUGCCUUGUACCUAGCUAAAGUUUCUGCCCAUGUGCUCUCUGCCAUAUUACUCUACUCAUCUUUGUUACUACACAAUAACACAAAGCCUAUUAUCUCAUGUUGAGUUGAGUUUUUGGAGAUGAACAGGGAUAUCCAGCCAUUAAACUCCAGAAUUCAUCAGGAACAAACAAGAUCAUGGAAAUCUUUUCAUUUUGGGAAAGUCCAGCCUGGAAAGGAAAGCCUGCUCACACAAGUAUCCAGAAGUCUGAAGGAAAAAAUGCAAAAGGACUUGAGUAAAAAGAGAAAAGGAAAGCCUUAAGAAUUUAGACCUUCUGUAGCAAGAUGUGAAAAGUUCUAUCUACUCCUUUGGAACACUCAUUACCUUUUAAACAGUUCUUUUACAUUCUCGUUAUUUUGUUUAAAAACACAUUUUUGUUUAAAUUUUAAAAGCGAUGUUACAUGUAAUAUUUGAAGUUUCAAAAUGCUAUAUCAAUUGAGUUUCCAGGGUAUCCUUUAAAACAAAAAUGAACAAAAAAAACCUUGCUUGUUUAAAAUUCCAGUUGUGACAUUGUAACCAGUUUCAGAAAUAUGAAUGUGAGUGGUAAGUAUAUCUCAGUUUAAAUGGUAAUCUUAAGGUUAAAAGGUGAACUGUGGUUUACAUAUGUAUUUUUUUUCUGGAUUUUUUUUUCCUAUGCAGUAUUUGCUUAAAAAGAUAAAGACAAGUCUCAUCAUAGAUUCAGAUUUGAAAGAGCACGAUUUCAGGAGGUAUGUGACUUCUAACUGUAGAAGGCAAGGAAAAGGAAUGUGUUUCCAAGCACUUGAUUAACACUGAUGCAAAAGCUAGAAACAGUAUGCUCGGGAAUGAAAUAAAUGCAAAUAGUAUUAUUUUACUGUUAUCUACCUUAUCAAAGGUUACAGUCCUAGUUGUUGUCGCUUUUAAGUUUUCAGGUGAAGACACAAGAAAAGAUAUCUUACUAAUACUGAAAUCAGGAUUCUGAGAAAUACAAAAUAUCAAAACUGAAAUCCAUAAGGCAGGUUUCUUUUAUCACUCUUAAUUGAACAAUAUGUAUUUAGCCAUAGGCAGAACAGCUACUUUAAAUUUUACUAUAGCACUUUGGUUGUUCACCUAGAUGAGCACUUUAAAUAUGUACUUUGCAAGCCCUUCUUCCUGUCACCUGACAGGAAAUGCUAGAAGUGAUAGGAGGAUAAGCAGAUCUGAUAGUCGGGUUUUCUCAUUCUCCCUCCCCUUUUCCUCCGGUGUAUUUUGUUAAGCAUGCAUUCUAUUUUAAGGCAAAGCUGAUAUAAGCAUGUUUAGCUUCAAGAUAUGAAUCUUUAGAGUUGAAUGUUUAAAGAAAGGAGGGAACACUGUAAAUUGAGCCUGAUCUCUUAUUGUAGAUUUUACCAAAUAGCCUUAAACUGCAUUUGGAAGCAAAAAAACAAACAAACAAACAAAACUAACCCAGAGGA